GCGCUCCCCGCGCCGCCCCCCCCUCCCUGGCCGCGCCUCGGCCCUUCCCCUCGCGCGGGCGAUGGAGCCGGCGCCGGAGCAAACGGGGCGUGCCGCGGAGCCUUGCGUGGAAGACCUCUUCUCAGAGGGGCCGUCUGGGGACGAGGGCGCCUUCUGGGACGCGGUCGACAAGGAUUGUGACGCGAGGGCGAAGCAGCAGGAAGCGCAAGCUCUGAUGCUGGUGUCGCAGAAGCUUCGAGAGGAUGCCCGUCGCACCCGCGAGGUUCGCGCCCAGCUUGGGCCCUCAACACCGCAGAAGGCCAAGCAGAGUCUGAUUUCAAGGUUCAUGGCGGACACGCCGAGCCCGCCGGCCGCGCAGGAGGGCACCCUUGAGGGCCGCAGAGGCCGCCGGGGGCCGAAGCACCCUUGCUACAUGAACGCGGAGGAGAGGGAGCAGGCGAUCAAGAAGAAGGCGAUCAGGCAGCAGGACGAGUCCUUGAGAAUCCAGGCGCUUGAGCUGGAGAGCCAAGCGAAGGCUGCCGAGGAGUUGAGCAACGAGGCCGCGGCGGUGGCAAGCCAGGCCAUCGCAAUCCUCGAGCCGCAUGACGUCGUCAGCGACUUGGCUGAGGCUUCGGAGGUUCUUCAGGUCAUUGCCCGCAGAGGGCGUGGCAGACCGCCGCACACGGCCGAGCAGAAGGCUGCGGCGAAGGAGAGGAAAGCCAAGGUGAAAGCGCAGAAGGGCAAACUCCAACCAGAGGACAGGGAGAGGAUGCAAACGCCGAGCGCCACGGCCAGGAGCAUGAUCGUUGAUCGCGUCGACGCCCUCUCGAAGGAGGUCGACAAUUACACCACCAACGAAUUCUGGUCGCUCGCUGAGGACCUCUGCGGGGUCCCCGCGAGCAUGCUGAAGCGGUUCGCGAAGCCCGAGGAGAGGGGGAAGCUUUCCCGCUACUUGGACGCCCGCGGUCCUGAGAGGUUCAUCAGCGCCGACACCGGGUGCCGCCUCUCAAAGGAUGGCGCCAAGAAGAAGACCUACGAGUCGCCCGUCAAGGACGUUUACGAUUACGUCAAAGCGUGGAAGGACAGGCAGGAGGAGAUCGGUUUCGAGCUGAACCAAGAGGACUUGGUCGACGAAUUCGAACUCGAGCUGGAGAGCAGGGUGUUCGACCUCAAGGAGAGCGGGGGGGGCGUCAAGCUCGUGUCGGAGAUGGAGAGGCGCCUCGCCAAGUUGGCAGCCCCAGGAGAUAGGAAAUACGCUCGGGCACGGCUGGGCAGCUGGUGCGGCGUGGUCGAGCACAAGCCCUCCAACGUGGUGCCGUUCACGGCGGCCGAGAACGACCUCAUCUGCAAGUUGUCGUACCAGGCAUGGGACUGGCUCGUCGAUCUGCUCAUGACCGCCACCGCGGACGAGCUGCAGGGCUUCGUCGCUGACGCCCAGGGGCUCGUGGAGAACAGGCGCCAGCUGGCCGUCAUCGCCCAGGACGCCUCCCCAGUCUACCUGGACUGCAGCACGGGGAAGGUCCUGGUCAGGACGUCGUUCCUGGACGAGCGCCAGAAGCGGCGGAGGCUGCGCCUCGCGGCCCAAAAGGACCCAAGCGCGCCGGUGCCGGAGAUCAUGUCGGUGGCGCAGCCGAGCGACGCCGUGGGCUCCAGCAGGAGGGAGAAGAACAGGUUGACUUUCUUCUUCCGCCAGGCGCUGGAAGGCCUGUGGGACCCAGACGUGGCGGUGCCGACGGGCAAGGUGCUCGACGGCGUCUUGCUCGCCGUCGCCUCGAAGCACUACCGUUUGGAGGACAUGUCUUUCUUCGAGCCGGCGCAGUGGUUGCGGGACCACUCGUUCUCGCUCGAUGGGGUCAUGGUCAAGCGGGUGAAGGGCGAGGCAGUGGGGCCGCUGGGCUCCGAGUGGCGGGCAGCCAGGCGCCAUAACAAGGCUUUGUUCUACGCGCCUGGCACCGAUUGGGGGCAGCCGCCUGACACGUGGCGCCCAGGGCACGUGAGGCUGUGGUGCGCCCCAAAGGCCACGGAAGACACGAUCAUCGCGUCCUUCCUCACGGACCUCUCGGUGGAGGAGGGGUACCAGUACUCCCUGAAGACUGUGGUGACAGACGUGCGGGAGGCCGUGAUCGGCAAGGCCGGGGGCGAGAAAGUCAAACACCAGCGGAGGAGAUUGAAGAGACUUGCGGGUGACAUGUCAGGCCAGGCGCCCGACCUCACGUCCGACAAGGUCGACCUCAUGCACAUUGCCCAGGGCAUGCAGGUGGAGUGCCGACGGGACAACGCCGAGAACCAAGGCGUUCUGAAGGCGUUCCGCAUGGGGGGUUGGCUAGCGCACAAGCCAACCGAUCGCGGGCUGGUUCCCCUCGUGGGCCCCGCGUGGCGGCAAUUUCCAUUGGGGAGCUCCCGCCUCUCGAACAGCCUCAUGGCGGACAGGGUGAACUACGUGCCCGUGCACGGCAAGCCCGAGAAGCCCGAUUGGGGCCAGCUCCGGGCCCUCCGCGCCAGACAGCGGGCGGCAUACGUGCAGCAGAAGGGCCAGGGCAUCAGCGAGGACAGGAAGCAGGAGCUCCUGCUGGACGACGAGGAGAUCGACGGGUUCGUUUCCUACCUCGGCGGCUGGGGCCAGCGGCCCUUCGCGGAGCACGAGGAAGCCCUGGCGGCUGCGGCCAGCGACCCUUCGCUGGCCAAAGGCCCGUUACGGCCCUUCGAGCCGAUCAGCUUGGCCGGCUUGAUCAGCGCUGAAGCCUUGGCGCAGGAGGCGGCUUUCCAGUCGCUGCACCCCCGCGUGAAGCAGGCCAUCUUGGCUGGGAGCGCCAUUGCCAAGAUGCCCAAGGUGACGAAGAGCUUUCGGGGUCUCGCGGCCGAGAAGCGGGCCGAGAAGGCAAUGGCCAGGAAGACCCAGGCGGCAGAGAAGAAGGCCGAGUGGCGCGCUGCCAUCGACUCGCUCGGCAUCGAGGCCGCUCGCAAGCAGUUGUGCGUGCCCGCCGUCGUGACGAAGGCGGCGAAAAAGACGAAGGAGCAGGCCAAGACGAAGGGCAAGAAGGGCGGCGCGGGGAGCACCAAGCGGAGGCAGGCCAAGAAGGGCAAGCAGAAAGCCGCGGCGCGGAAGGGCGCCCGCGCCAAGGCAGCCGCCACUUUCGCAGGGAAUGUGGCGACGCUGGAGGCGAAGCUGAAGACGCUGCAGGCCCAGCUCCACGGGGCGGGGCAGGAGGCCGAGUCGCAGAAGCAGGAGGCCAAGCAGGGAGCCGAGGCGCUCGCCGCGCCGCCGGGGGAGCAGCCCGCGGCCGCCGCGGCGGCCGAGAGGAAGCGCUUGCGGGUGCACGCGGACAACCUCACAGUGCGCUCGCUGCAGCUCCAGGGCCUGCACCGCCAGCUGCAGGACCAGCAGCAGGAGCUGGAAAACGCAAAUAAGCUUGGCCAGAAGGCCCUCGGCCAGGUCAAGCGGAAGGCCAACGCCGCCAUGCAGGCGGCCGAAAGAGCCCUUGCCAAGAAGCCCAGGACGGGCGAGGUGGGCGAGGGCGCAGGCAUUGGCGGCGCCGUGGGCUUGCCGCCCCCGCCGCCCCUGGCGCCGACGGCGCCGUCCGUCCCCAGCGGGCCCGCGGGCGACCCUGGCGCUGCGGGUUCGCCGCGCCCGCUGGCCGCGCCCGUGGCGGACUUGCUGGCCGCCGCCUCGCCCGCUCAGGCGGCGCCGUCCGCUGGCGACGCUGGCGAGCUUGGGGCCAACGACGAUUGGCUCGGCGUGGCCAGUGCGGCGGACUCGGCGCGCUCGCCGCCCCCGCCGCCCCCGCCCCCAGCUGGCUCGCCUGCCCCCGACGCCCCAGCUGCCUCUGCGCGCGCAGCGGGUGCGGCCGCCGCUUUGCCGACGGGGUGUGCGGGCGCCGCCCCGCUUCCUGCGGCCGCGUCCCGCCUCGAGCCGGGGUGCAGAGUGCAGGUCGACUGCGACGCGGUGUGGGCCAGCGACAGGGCCGCGGCCGCGCGGCUGACCAGCGGGCUCUGGGGCACAGUCGCAUCCGUGAAGGGUCCAUCGGCGUGGAUCCACCCAGGCGGCGACACGUCUGCCAACAAGAGACAGGUGCCCGUCAGCUGGUUGGUCCCCGCCCCGGACGAGCCGAGCAAACCGUUGCCCUGGAGGAAGAACGCGGGGUGGCUCGGCAAAGAGCAGCGCGAGGAGAUCAGGAAGGCGUGGCUCCCCGUGGACAUAGAAGUCCGCCGGGCCCCAGGCGCCCGCACCCUGCUGAGCGAGGCGGAGCUCGCCAUCGCGGCGGUGGAGAUCGGUUGGCGCCUGGCGCCGCCCCGCUGCCUGGUGGCGCCACCGCACAUCACCACCCUCGUGGCGCACCGCGUGCGCAACCACGAUGCGGCCCAUGACAGGUACGGCGAGGGCGAGGAGCUUGUUGCCGAACUCCGCCGGUACGCGGACCGCGCGCAUGUCCUGGCGAUGCCCAUCCUCGCCGGCAACCAUUGGGUGCUGCUCGUGGUCCAGCGCGCUGGCGCCGUCUCCGAAGGCGUCCCCGCCGCCGUCGAGGCCGAUGCCAAGCUUGACGGGUAUGGUGUUGGGUGUGGAGCAUGCGGGGGCGCUGGGUGCAAGACGUGCUCGUACACUCACGCCGAGAGGUGGUUGGGCCGCCUGAGUAAGGAGUCCGAGUUCAUCACUCCAUGUACGUCCUUGGCGCCCCUCGAGCCAGCGACUUGGUGGAAUAUCCGCUAUUGCGACUCGCUGCGUCAGCCGUCGAGGGCGUGCGCCGAUUGCGCCCAUGCCCUGCUCGACGCUUUGCAGCCCGUCGGUGUCCAGAACGUGCUGUCGGCGAAGGAGUUGGCGGCUUCGAGGGCGAACAAGGCCUUCCAGUCUGACGGCUCCUCCUGCGGAUGGUGGUGCCUCCACCACAUGGAGACCGAGUUCCGCAGGUUCGUGGGCGAGACGUCCGUCGCCUUCGACCUGCAGCGCAGGGUCGACUUGGCCUACCCGAUCGUGAGCAAGUUCCUGCC